AAAUCGGUAGAAAAAAAAUAUAAAAAAUGCCAAAAGGUUCUUACCACUGUAUUUACAUUUUAUUUUUUUUGCAGUUAUGAUAAUUUUGGAAUGGAAGAACAACCAGAGGAUGUUUUAAUAGAUUUAAUAACGAGGUAUGGCCAAACAAUCAUGCGAGCUCGAGAUGAUUUGGAAAAUUCGAAGAGGACGGUUGAUUUUGGCCUUUCCCGAGGGUAUUCAGGUGCCCAGGAAGCAAAACACAGAAUGGCUAUGGCGGUGGCAAACUUUGCUGGAGGCCCUGGAAGGAAACGUAAAGUGGAACGAAGAAGUAUAAAAGAUUGAAUAUUUUCCGCAAAACAACAUUCUGAAAUUACAUCAAGUGCAAAAGUGAAACCCCUUACUUCGCAAUAAACACGUUCUAAUGAACCGAGUCUUAUAAAUUUUGCCGUUGGCAGAGUUUCUGGCAAUUAUGAUAUAGCAAUAGGAAAAUUGAUAUCAAUCGUAGCAGUGUAAAUACUAUUUUUCUAUACAUAAUAUAAGUUGACCUUGCAAUAAAAUGUCUGAUAUUUUCA